UGGAAUAGAAAAAUGAAGAUUCUUGUGGGGAUGACCAAACACUUUUAUUUCUUUUAUUACAAGUUGCCUUUAUGGUCACCACAUACUUACAUUUUGCUGUUUUUUCUUCAUAAUAGGUGCUUGCAGUGGGGAAUUCACUUUUGCAGUGCAUGUGUCACACGGAUUGAAGAAGAGAGUGGUAAGCAUUUCCUCAACGAGAAAGAAACUGUAUUUUGGGACUAUGCCGAUAUUGAUGAGCUACCAAUGUUGGAUUUGUCUGGAAUAUACCAGGCAUGUGGUGGGAAUGUUAAGGAUCCGAAAUUUUUUUGGAAGUCUCCUUGCAAUACCUCAAUGACAGAGAUUACUAAUAAAGACGACAUUCUAGGCAUGUAACUUAUGCUAAUGGAGGUGAAAGAGUAAUUGAACUUUAUGCUAUCUCCAACAAUGAUAUUGAAGAUUUCAUGGAAAGUGGGUUCGAGGAAGUGAGAGAAGACAGUUCGAGAAGAAAGUCAAGAAAGGGUGUUGAAGUUGGUAGCGACUAUUACAAGGAAGAUGGCAACAAUUAUGUAUAUUCUGAAGAAGAAGAUCUUAGUGAUGGUGACAAUGAUCAGUUUGAAGAAUAUGUAAAUCAUUAUGUGGAAGCUGACAUGGGUAGCUUUAAAAGUGGAAGUGGACAGCCUGAAGUAGUUGAAGAAAAAAUUGAGGACGUGGACUCCAAUGACUGUAAGAGUAUAGUAAGUUCAGAUUCGGAUGAUGGGUACCAAGUUGAGGAGUUUCGGGUUGACCGAGACAUGGAGGCACCUAAGUUUGUUGCUUCCCAAAAAUUCAGCAGCUUUGCAGUUCUGAAAGAAGCAAUAAAGCAACAUACUUUCAUAGAGAAGAGGCCCAUUAAAUUCAAAAAGCAUGACAAGAUCCGUCUGCAAGCAGUGUGUGAAUCACUAUGCAAUUGGUAUAUAUGGGCUUCGAAGAUGAGUCUAGAAGAUUCUGUCCAGAUUAAGAAGUGCAAGGUGGUGCACAUACCUGAUUUCCGAAAGACUUUCAAAGUCAAGUAUGCAAUGACAAAGUUUCUAGGGGCCAAACUAGCUAGGAAGGUGGUUGUUGAUUUGACCAUGAGUAGGGCCUUGGUAAAAAAACAAUGUCAAAGAAGACUGCAAAGAAAAUGUGUGAGACAUGAAGGCUUACCGAAUAAAGAAGGCAAGCAUCGAGCAGAUUCCUGGCAGCUUGAAGGAUCAAUACAUGUGCUUGUAUCAUUAUGGAGAGGAGAUGAGAAGGAGCAACCCCAACUCAACGGUUAUCAUUGAGCAGAGAGCUCAAUGUUUUAACCGAAUGUACGUGUGUUUCAAUGCAUCCAAGCAAGGGUUCAAGGCUGGAUGUAGGCAAGUAUUGUGCAUUGAUGGUUGCUUCUUGAAGCAUGAAUUUGGAGGGCAACUACUUCCAGCAGUGGGUUUGAAUGCCAAUUACCAAUAUUAUCCUAUUGUGUUUGCUCAUGUUGGAGUGGAGAACAAGAAAAAUUGUGAGUGGUUUAUUGAGCUGCUUGCUAUCGAUCUGAACGUAGAGGACAAUCCUAGAUGGUUAUUCAUGUCAGAUAAGCAGAAGGUAAACCACAUUGACCAACUACUUUCCUUUAUUUUGUAAUUAGUGAAGUUAUAAAUGCUAACCCUUGUUUGUUGUGUUUAAUAGAAAGUCCAGUGAGCGCUGAUGUGACAUUUGACGUGAAAUUUAUAGUAUUAAUUUAUAAUUAUUUUCCCAACCGUGCGCCAUUGCCCACCUCUAGUUGGAUGGUUUUACUUAGGAUGUUUCAUGUUACUUUUAAGGGUUAAUAUAUGUGUAUGGCCCAAACUUUUCACAAAUUAAACAUCUUGGCCAAUAUUUUUGAUCUAUAAUAUCAUGGUCUCAACUAUGCAUCAAAGUUACGAAAUUGGUCAAACCCGAUAUUUGACCGUUAUCUUGGAUGUUCAAAUGCGUUGACUAAGGGUCAACGCGCCAUAUCACUGCCAAGUUAGCACAGACCACUUAAAAAUUUUGGUUUUUUUCAACCUAUUACCAUUUAUUUAUCUUUUUUAUUUUCAACAAAAGAAGAAAAAAAGGAAAACUCAUUUUUAUUUUGAAAAAGAUAAAGGCAAAAUACACUUGUAUAGCCAAAAUUUUCGCGUUUGUGGCAAUAAUAGUCAAAUUUGGAGAAAUACCACUUAUAGCCAUAAUCUUGAAACUUUUGUGCCAAAUAUAGUCAUUUACGUUACAAACUUUAACGGUGUUAGAGACUCUAUCAGUUAGGUUAACAUUAGGUUGACUAGGACGCCAAAUCAUCACACACGACAGCGACAAAUCAGCCACAUUCACCACGUAGGUUACACGUCAUAUUUUUAUUUUAAAAACAAAUGGAAAAUUCAUAUACUAAUCAUAAAGAAAGAAAGGAAAAUUUUACAAAAAAAAAAAAGAAAGAAAGGAAAAUCGUUUCUCCCCUAUCGCAAACCACUCUGCCAUUCCCCUCACAAUCGGAAUACACACCUUCCUCUGCCUCUCCUCUGCCGCCACCAGCCCUCACCGAAAUCCACCCAAGCUCUUGAAUCUCGAAACCCCCUAUAGCUCCAUUACCGCUUGUCUGUCCGCCGGCGAGUCAAAAAUCUCCCUCGAAUAGUUGACCGCAUUAGCACCUGCAGAUUGGGCCCUGCUCAAUUGAUGAUCUCCGCCAACAAAGUGGAUGGUGGAGUCGUUGAUUCAGAGAGGAGACUCUCUUCCCCACCGCCUCGUUAAGAAUAUCGGAGCUAAAAAUUGGGGUUUGGUCUUCUUCCUCGCCUCUUUUAGUCCCUCCUUUUCAGAAACCUCAACUUAUCCGUCGUCGCCAAAAUUCUACAAUUGAAAGCCCUCCGCCUCCACGCCCGGAUUUCAAUUCGACGAGGACGUGAACUCAUUCCUCCAAGGAGAAUACAUCAGUCCCAAUCUUUCGCGGUAUGUGUAGCCCUCAGAAGAUGGAAUCGAAAGCCCUCCAACGCCAUCGAUGAAGAAGAUUUGUCAUGUAAUUGAAAUCUGACUUCAAGUCUCGAUUCACAUUUCCAUUGUUGGUAGGGGAAGAAGAUGGAUUUGCGGAGGAGUUGGAGCAGCCGCCACUAGGCUUUGGAUUUUGCACGACAGUCCCUAAGGAAGAGGCGGCGGCGAGGAGCUGCGAGUCAAUAGUACCCAUCUCUUCUGCGCGUCGAAUCGACGAUUGGAGAAGGUGAGACAUGCAAGGGGAUCGGUAGAGGGAGUGGCGGGGGGAGCCGAUAGCCGUCGACGAAUUCCAAAUUGGGGCUGGAUUUUGAACAAUGGCGACGCUUGUUGGUCACUUUUUUGCUUCUAUUCUCUAAGUGGUUCUCGUCGCCUGUUGGGUUAUAACGAUUGUUGUCGUCGAAGUCGGUCUGGGACCGUGGGUUCAGCUAAUGGUUGUCGCCGGCGAUGGAUUUGGGUAUGGGCUGGGCGGUUGGGCUUCUGGUUUUGGCUAUGGAGUUGGUUUCGGAUCCAUAGCUGGCAGUGGCGAGGGAGCUUGUAGUGGUGGUGGCGGAUUUUAGUGUUUGUGGUGGGAGUGGGCGGAGGGGUGGUUAUGGGUUGUGAUAAAGUUGGAUGAUCUUUCUUCGUCACCUUCGUCGUCUUUGUCUUGCUCGGAAGGCGAAGAGUUGGGUGGUUCGAAGCAGAUGAAGAUAGACCGAUAAAGUCAGUGAAUGAGG